AUGAUAAUCAUCGUCGUGGCGCAACACUCGACCCACCAGACCAAGCCGACCGUUCAGGUCAUCAAUCAGCUGAGCAGCAAGGUACUGAUAGUCCAUUGUGCAUCGAAAGACGACGAUCUUGGGGCCCACGCCGUCGAGAUUAAUGUCGCAUUCCAGUGGAGUUUCAAUACGAUUCAGGUCGGCGGGGCAACGCUGUUCUGGUGCAAUGUAGCGGUAGAAGAUAAGCGUCUCUCUUUCGUGGCGUAUGAUCAAGGUCUUAAAAAUUCAUUUAAUUACCCUUACUGGCUUGUCCGUGAUGAUGGGCGUUAUGGGCAAGUAGGCACCUUUCAACUGUUUGUACGUGCAUGGAAGCGAACUUGA